UGCUCGCAGCGCAUUCCGGCUCCGCCCCCUUCUCUGCGAGAAGAUGUUGACCUUCGUGGCACCCAGCGGGGCCGCCCCGACGGCCCCCGCCCUGCGCGCGGGCGCCGCGCCCGGCGCGGCGGGCACGGCGCCCGGCGCGGCCUUCUCCGCGCCGAUUGUGGGCGCGGCCGCGCUGGCGGCCGUGGUGGGAAGGAAGGCCUCAGCCACCACGCGACGAGCCGCCGCGGUGAAGAAGAAGGGUGCCAAGGUUGUCCACGGCAAGGAGAUCCCCUGGAACCUCUUCACACCCAAGGCCCCCUACCAGGGCAAGGUGGUUGAGAACGACAAGCACCCCCAGACCUUGACCGAGGAGACGGGAGACGCCAACUGGGAGACCACCCACGUGACCUUCGACCACGGUGGCAAGGUUCCCUACAUCGAGGGACAGUCCAUCGGCGUGAUUGCACCAGGCCCGGACAAGAAGGGCGAGACCCCCGCGAAGAUCCGCUUGUACUCGAUUGCCUCCUCGGCCGUAGGGGACAACCAGAACUCGAAGACUGUGUCGCUGUGCGUGAAGCGUGUGGUGGAGCUGGACGGAAAGUUCGCGAACCGAGAGAAGGGCGAGGACAAGGCAGACAAGGCCGGCACCGCCUACCCGGACAACAAGGUCUAUCGUGGCGUGUGCUCCAACCACAUCUGUGACAUGACCCCAGGAGAUGACGUGCUCAUCACCGGCCCUAGCGGGGCGGAGAUGCUGUUGCCAGAGGACCCAGAGGCGAACAUCAUCAUGCUGGCCACAGGCACCGGCAUCGCGCCCAUGCGCUCCUACUGCCGCCUCCUCUUCCACGACGACGCCGGCGCUGGCUCCGACGGCCGCAAGUUCAAGGGCCUGGCCUGGCUCUUCAUGGGGGUGCCCUACUCCAAGUCUCUGCUCUACGACGAUGAGCACCAGGAGUACAAGUCCAAGUACCCGGACCAGUUCCGCUACGACUACGCGGUGAGCCGUGAGCAGACCAACGCAGAAGGCCAGAAGAUGUACAUUCAGACCAAGAUGGCGGAGUAUGCUGA